UAUAAGGGGGAAGAAGAGGUGGUGAAAGCUCAUUUUCUUUUCACUCUCUCUGAACCCCAAUUGCCAUUACAAAUAGCUUUAAAAAAUCUUGAAAUUUUCCAUUGAUCUUUUCUUUGAUCGCUCAGAAACUGCUUUAUUUACAAUCUAAUAUUCGUAUUCUGCCAUUGAUUCGCGGCUGUGGAAUUGCAGAACCAGUCUGUUUCAGGAAUCCUGAUUGGCGACUAAAGAUUAUUUGAUGGUUCGAGGGUUUGUCAUUGCUAUGCUUGUUGUUAGAACUGUCUGUUGACAUUGUUUCUCUAAGAUCUAUUGGAUGAGCCUUUGCAAGCUAAACUAAACCUAUUCCCAUGAAAUGGAAUCAGAUAGAUUAAGCAGAAAUUAAUCAUGGCUUCAACAAGGAAAUCUAAAGCUGCCAAUAGGCGGUCUUCUAAAGUCCAUGAAGAGCCCUUUGACAAGGAUGGAGUGAGUCCAAACAAGAGUAAUUCACGAAAACGAAAGUUUGAAGAUAUUGGUCCUCAGUGGAGCAAAGAAGAGCUUGAAUGUUUUUAUGACGCUUAUCGCAAGUUUGGGAAGGAUUGGAAAAAGGUUGCAGGGGCAAUACGUAAUCGAUCCAUAGAUAUGGUACAUGCUCUUUAUCGAAUGAACAAGGCUUACUUAUCUCUUUCAGAAGGACAUGUAUCAGGUGCAGGGCUUAUUGCUCUGAUGACCGAUCAUUACAAUUUAAUGGAGGCGAGUGAUAGUGAUCGAGAGAGCAAUGAAGGUGUAGGAAUGUCUAGGAAACCUCAUAAGCGUGCUCGGGGAAAACCCCGAGUUGGCAUGUCAAAGGACAUGGACCAGCCUUUUCCUGAUUUGUCUAAGAAUCCAGCUAUUUCAUCACAGUAUGGAUGCCUGUCUUUAUUGAAGAGAAGACGUUCUGGAGGUAGCCGUCCUCGGGCUGUUGGAAAGAGGACUCCUCGAUUUCCUGUUUCAUAUCUUUAUGAUAAAGAUAACAAAGCAAAGGUCAUGGCGCCAAAAAAGCAGGAAUUUGAUUCAGAGGUAGAUCCUGAUGAAGAUGAAGUUGCUCAAGUUGCAUUAACAUUGGCUGAAGCUUCACAAAGGGGGGGUUCUCCUCAGGUUUCUCGAACACCAAGCAAAAGAGCUGAGCAUACAGGACAAAUUCCUUUUCAAAAUGGUGACAGGAAGUAUAUGGAAGCUGGGUUUGUGGGUGGAAUGCGUAAUACAGCAGUGGAUGAAGGCUGCGUGGAGGGUAGUUUGGGAAGCAGGGAAGCUGAUAAUGGAGAAAGUGCAAGACCUAGAAACCAUCGAUCUCAUCUGGAUGUUGAAAGUGUUGAUGCAAAACAAGCUUCACCAAAGAUGAAGAGGAUGUUAGGAAAGAAAUUGAAAGCCCAAGGGAUUGAGUAUAAUCAUGUUGAUGAUAUAAAGGAGGAGUGCAGUUGUACUGAUGAAGGGCUUAAUCCAAGAGCUGACAAUGAAGAGAUUGACAUGGAAGCUGCUAUUGGGAAAAGUGAGAAGUCCUCUCCACCUGUUGUCAAGAAGAGAAGCAGGCAGUUGAUUUCUGGAGAUGAAUGCUCGGCCAUUGAUGCCCUUCAAACUUUGGCUGAUUUAUCUUUAACUUGCUUGUUGCCAUCAUCCAUUGUAGAAUCUGAAUCAUCUGUCCAGGUCAAAGAAGAAAAUGGAAGUACUGAUAAUGUUGAUAAGCCCUAUGUACAAGAGCAUGUUCCUCCAAAAUCUCAAAGACAAAAAUCUCGUAGCGUGGUUCAUAAAGAGAAACGAACUUCAUCACAGGGAGCUGAAACUGUGGCUCGUGAUAAUGCUAAAUUGGGAAAGGAAAAAUCUGCUAAUGCGAUCAUAAGUACUGACAAGAGUCCACGGUUUCGCCUCUCUAUAGAUAACAUGCGGAAAGGAAAACGGAAGUCGUUAACUGGAAAUGUGAAGCCUAAACCUUCCAAAGUUGAUAGUGAAUUGCAUUCAAAAGACUCUCAAAAGGCAGAGGGCUCAAUUGGAGAAGUUAAGAAAUCUGCAACUAAAGCAAAGCGAGUCAGCCAGAUUGGUGCAGUGCCAAAACUAGGGAAAUCAACGAAGCCUCCAGAGCGGUCCUCUUCAAAUAUUGAUGUGGGAAAAGUUGAUGCCCAUUUUACUGCAUCGGCUGCACAAAUUGCAACAAUGAACCAGGUUAGCUUACCCACCAAGCUGAGAAGUAGACGUAAGAUGGAUCUUCCAAAAACAUUAGUGAAGAAGGAUUUGAAGUCUUCCGACACUUCAGGACACUUUGCUGGUAAUGAGCUUGGAACAGUGAAUAUUAAAGCUCCUAAUAAUUUGCAUUCACAUCAGGAUAGAGUUGCUGAGGUGAAGAAUGCUCUUGUGCACUGCCUGUCUUCUCCAAAGCUACGUAGAUGGUGUACAUAUGAGUGGUUCUACAGUGCUAUCGAUUACCCCUGGUUCGCUCAAAGUGAGUUUGUGGAGUAUUUAAAUCAUGUUCGCCUUGGCCACGUUCCAAGGUUGACUCGUGUUGAGUGGGGCGUCAUAAGAAGUUCACUUGGCAAGACACGGCGAUUAUCCAAGCGAUUUUUACAGGAGGAGCGGGAAAAAUUGGAAAAAUAUCGUGAAUCAGUGAGGAAACAUUAUAGCGAUCUGCGUAAUGGCCUUCGAGAAGGAUUGCCUGCAGAUUUCCCAAGGCCUUUGUCCGUUGGACAACGUGUUAUUGCCUGUCACCCAAAGACCAGAGAAAUCCAUGAUGGGAGCAUAUUAACCAUUGAUGGUAACAGAUGCAGAGUUCAAUUUGACAGGCCAGAACUAGGUGUGGAGUUUGUGCUGGAUAUUGAUUGCAUGCCUCUAAAUCAAUUAGAGAAUAUGCCAGAUGCUCUUAAAAGAAAAAAUCAUGAAGUGAGUAAUUUCAGAGAGGAUCUUAAUGAUAUUAAACUGGACGUCAAACCCAAAGAGUGGAAAGUCGGAGAACAAUUGGGACCUGUUCCAAGUGAAAAAUUGGAUAAUGCAACUGAUGGACCCUUUUUUGUUGCUUUCCCCGAUCAUUCUAUGAACACUUUGUUCAUGCAAGCAAGGGGAGACACUGUUGAUGCAGUCAUGCAGGCAAAAGCUGCUGCAAAUGAAGUUUCUUUUGCUGCACAUCAAGGGAUGUACAACCAACCUUCUAGCCUUUCUCAAAUUCAAGCAAGGGAGGCUGAUAUUAAGGCACUUGCUGAGUUAACUCGUGCUCUUGAUAAAAAGGAAGCCAUAUUGAUAGAGCUGAGGCACAUGAAUAAUGAAUUUGGGGAUAACAUCAAAAACACUGACCUUGCCAAGCACUCAGAGCAAUUCAAAAAGCAGUAUGCUAUGCUCCUUGUCCAACUAAAUGGUGCUAAUGAUCAGGUAGAGAAGGCACUUAUUACCUUGAGGCAACGGAACACAUACCAGGACACCUCUUUGCCUCCAAGCUACCGUUCUGUGACCAACACAGUUGGGCCUGGGUCUGGAGGCUUGUCGAUAACAAAUCAAAGUGCUCCGAUAUCUUUGGAUUCUACAUCUCAUGUAGCGGAAAUUGUCGAGAGUUCAAGGAGGAAAGCUAGGGCAUUGGUGGAUGCUGCAAUGCAGGUUGUUCCGUCUUUGAAGGAAGGGAACAAUCCAUUUGACAGGAUGGGGGAGGCUCUGGAUUUAGCAAAUCAUGAGAAUUGUACAGGUGAUUCGAGCUUACCUGCCAUGCAAUCUUCCAUUCCUCCUCCUGAUUCAACAAACCAACCUAGUGCACCACCACCUCAGGAUCAUGGGGUGGUUCCAUGCAAAACUGAUCCUGAAACAAUAUGCCUACCUGAACCAAAGCGUGAGAUUGACUUCUCAGAAGCCAACGAAGCGCAGUUGCCUUCUGAACUUAUCUCCUCUUGUGUUGCCACUCUGCUCAUGAUUCAGACAUGUACAGAGAGGCAGUAUCCACCAGCUGAGGUUGCUCAGAUACUCGAUGAUGCGGUUAGAAGCCUGCAACCAUGUUCUCCUCAAAACCUUGGAAUUUACAGAGAGAUACAGCAAUUAAUGGGUAUUGUGAAGAAUCAGAUCUUAGCACUUGUACCUACUCAACAAAAUGUUCCUCUUUCAAGUGGAACUGGGCUCUCGAGUGCCUAAUUUAAGACUUCGGUGAUGAUUCCAUCCCCAAUUCUACUGUAUGUACUAAAUGCAUUUCUUUUCGUUGCUUUCCUUUAUUGAGAAGAUUCAUGUCCAUACAUAUGGCAAUAAAAAUGUGAGUAUUUUUUCCUUCUCU